AUUAUGCACCGGGUCAGGUCACGAGAGAUGGCCCCCUCAUUAUUUAUUCAUAACUACUCUUAAUUUUAUUGAAAACAUUUCUUUAGCUAUUUCCCGACUCUCUCACCCUUGAAAUUGCAUCUCUCUCUCUCACUCUCUUGCUCUCUCUCUCUCUCUCUCUCUCUCUCUCUCGCUAGGUGGUGGUGUCGUGUAUGGCGAUUCCAGCUGCAGGUGUUGUCGUACCGGUGGGCGUUGUCUUCUUCAUCUCCGGUCUAGUCGUCAAUCUCAUUCAGGCUUUCUUUUUCGUUCUCGUGCGCCCUUUUUCGAAGAAUGCGUAUAGAAAGAUUAACAGAGUGGUUGCUGAAUUGUUGUGGCUGGAACUUAUAUGGCUCAUUGAUUGGUGGGCUGGAGUUAAGAUUCAACUUUAUACAGAUCCUGAAACAUUUAAAUUAAUGGGAAAGGAACAUGCACUUGUCAUAUGCAACCACAAAAGUGACAUCGAUUGGCUAGUUGGCUGGAUUUUGGCUCAGAGAUCAGGCUGCCUGGGUAGUGCUUUAGCUGUUAUGAAGAAAUCAUCCAAAUUUCUUCCUGUUAUAGGUUGGUCAAUGUGGUUCUCUGAAUAUCUUUUUCUUGAAAGGAGUUGGGCCAAAGAUGAAAAUACGCUGAAGUCCGGUUUUCAACGCCUAAGGGAUUUCCCGCAUGCAUUUUGGCUGGCACUAUUUGUCGAGGGUACUCGCUUUACACAGGCAAAACUUUUAGCUGCUCAGGAAUAUGCAUCUUCAAUGGGAUUACCUGCUCCCAGGAAUGUCUUGAUUCCACGAACCAAGGGUUUUGUUACAGCAGUAACUCACAUGCGUCCAUUUGUUCCAGCUGUAUAUGAUGUGACCCUAGCCAUUCCCAAAACGUCACCUCCACCUACUAUGCUCAGACUAUUCAAGGGCCAAUCUUCCGUGGUGCAUAUUCAUCUCAAACGGCACUUGAUGAGUGAUCUUCCGAAAUCAGAUGAUUCUGUUGCACAGUGGUGUAAAGACGCCUUCGUGGUCAAGGAUAACUUAUUGGAUAAGCAUAAAGAAAAUGAUAGCUUUGGUGAUGGAGUACUACAAGACACUGGUCGACCGUUGAAUUCUCUUGUGGUUGUCAUCUCCUGGGCAUGUCUUCUCAUUUUUGGGGCCUUAAAAUUCGUCCAGUGGUCCUCAAUACUAUCUUCUUGGAAGGGUCUUGCAUUCUCGGCAGUUGGCCUAGGCAUAGUUACGGUUCUUAUGCAGAUAUUGAUUCAAUUUUCCCAAUCAGAGCGUUCCAACCGUCCGAUGCCGUCGAAACAUGCAAAACCACCCCAAUGAAGGCCAGUAGUAGGAGAGAACCUACAUAUACUAAGAGAGGUGCAACAGUUACCUCAUUAGGCUUGUUCAAUCCUUCACACAAUUGAGUCCGUCAUCUGUAGUGAUAUUUGUGAAAUAUGACAUGCGCUGUACAACUUUAUGCUCCUCAAGGGAUGUCCAUGUUGGACCUUGUAUACUUGUACAAGUAGAGAGAGUAGGAAAGGCAUAUCAAUUAGUUGGUCUUGUUAAUUAUUUAGUAAUUGGGUCCUUGAUUUA